UACUUAAGGACCAUGUCCUGCGGCGCUUUUGUUGCCGCGCGGAUGUCGUGGCGGCAUUGGAGGAAUUCAAGUGCACCAUGCUAGUAUGCGGCAGCUUUGCCGUUAACGAGGACGGCAGCAUGGUGACUUGGACACUUUCCCACAGCAAGGCGUGCCGUGUGGCAGGAACAGAGCAGUCCGGAUAUGACGGGCUCACCCGGGUACAGGCGGACAACCUGGCGGCAAGGGCAGCGCCUUCCACCCUCACCAAUGCAACGGGGGUCACAGCAGGAACGGAGGCGACCCGCUCAAAAAGUGCCACGAUGACAUUUGGCAAAUUGGAGACGGCUGUGUCUGGGCU